GCGUCUAGAAUUCCAGAUGCUUGAAUGUUUAGAAUUGGAGUACCAAGAGUUCCAAGUAUGUAGUUUAUAUAAUUUUGUAAACACCAAGUAUUUGGGUACCUAAAGUACCAGAUAUCUGAGUCAACAGAGUUUCACACAUUCAGGGACGUCUAAAUCUCAGGCAUAUUGGGUGUUUGAAGUUGUACAUAUUUAGACAGCUAGGAUCCCAGAGUAUCUAAUAAAAAUCCAAGCAACAUUUGGGUACUUAGAGUUUCAAAAAUCCAACAAUUAAACUCCAAGAUAAAAUUCCAAAUAUAUAUAUGUCAAAUGUUGAUCCUCGACGAAUUGAUUUAGAAAUCCUCUUCGAUCAAUUGAUUUAGAAUGGAAGGUGAGUGAGUGUUUCGAAUGUGAAGGGACUGGAAAAGAGUUUUUCUUCCAGGGAGGACGAAAUAUCGGCCAAUCGGCCGUUCUACAAUCCUGACACGACGGCCAUCAAGGCGCCAGCCGGCCAGGGUUGCCCGCGCUGCGGUGGCAUGGUGUUCGCCGCCGAGCAACAGCUCGCCAAAGGUACCAUGUGGCACAAGAAGUGUUUCAACUGUGCCGAAUGCCAUCGACCUCUGGACUCUAUGCUGGCCUGCGACGGACCCGACAAGGAAAUUCACUGCCGAUCUUGCUACAGCAAGCUGUUUGGGCCCAAAGGAUUUGGUUUCGGGCACACGCCGACUCUCGUCUCGACCAACGGGGAUCACGCUCCCUCGUACAUCGACGCGAAGCCUCAGGUGGGCCAGAAACGUACAGAUGGCAACGGGUGCGCGCGUUGCGGCUACCCGGUGUACGCUGCGGAGCAGAUGAUCUCGAAGAACCGCGUGUGGCACAAGCGUUGCUUCAGCUGUGCCGAGUGCCACCGUUCGUUAGACUCGACGAAUCUGAACGACGGACCGGACGGGGACAUCUACUGCCGCGGUUGUUACAACCGGAAUUUCGGACCGAAGGGCGUAGGUUUCGGCAUGGGGGCGGGCACCCUGACGAUGGCC